AUGCGACAAAAAGCCUCAGAUACGGAUGCGGAUUUGGACGAACAAAUCCUCCUUCUCGCCGUUCCAGCGUUGUUGAGUUUACUCUUAGACCCUUUACUGACGGCCGCAGAUACCGCGUUCGUCGGCAAAUCCGAAGAAACUGUAACAACAGAAGCUAAUCAGAGCGUUUUUAUGAAAGUUAAAGGGGAAAAUUCCGGCCUAGCGGCCUUAGCCGUGAGCUCGUCGGUGUUCAACUUUAUAAGCUACUCUGGAAGCUUUCUGGCGCAAGCGACGACGCCGCUGGUCAGUCGAGAAGUCGCUUUGGUAGAAGCGAAGAGGAAGAAGAUGAUGAAUGAUGAUGAAACUGUUGAAAAUGAAAAGGUUGUUGGAUCGUCUUCUGCGUCGAAGACAAUAUCGGCGGCUUUAGCUUUAGCUGUAGUCGUCGGCGUAUCGGCGACGUUUCUCGUCGAGACGAACGCGGAAUGGUUGUUAGGAUUGAGCGGUGGGAACAGUUUAGAAAUAAACGCGUACGAAAGCGCGUUAGAGUACGUGAAAAUACGAGCGUUGGGUUUGCCGUUUUUCUGUUGUUCGUUGAUUGGUAUCGGCGCGUUUCGAGGGGUGGCGGAUACGAGGUCGAUUUUGAACGUCGCGUUGGUGAGCGAAUCCGUACAUUUUUUCUUAGAUUGGUUUUUAGUUUUAGGAUUACACUUAGGCGUAGAAGGUGCUGGAUGGUCGACGUUUGCGAGCACGGUGUUAGAGUUUAGUUUGUUUUCGCGAGCGAUGUUCGACCGAGGGAUUUUAAACGUACCGCCAACCCGCGGCGAGGAGGAUUUCUUCUAUAAACAAAGAAUAAAGGAUUUCCUCGAAAACGAUGUGAAAGAUAUGAGCGGUAAACUCGGCCAGUUAGUCUCGAACGGUUCCAAUCAGCUCUUGCGAACGCUGUUUUUACAAUUCGUGUUGGUUCGCGCGACGGCGUUGGCGACGGAAAACAACGUCUCCGGGCCGCACCAAAUCGUCAGUCAAGUCUGGUGGAUCGAGCUGUUCGUGCUGGACGCCAUCGCGGUUGCCGCGCAAACGUUAGUGUCCACGCGAUUGGCGAAAAACGACGGAAGCGAGGAGGACAUUUUAGCCGCGCGAAAAGCCGUCGAUAGGUGUUUGUUUUGGUCGUUUUUGCUCGGCGUUCUUUUAACCGUCGUCACGGAACUUUUUUCCAACGAUUUACCGAAAAUUUUCACCGGCGACGCCGCGAUCGCGGCCGCGACGUUCGUCCCGUUGGCGUUUAUAUUAGCGCCACUUCAACCACUCAACGCGAUGGUCUUUGUCGGCGACGGCGUUUUCCAAGGCGCGAACGAUUUCAAAUUUCUCUCCAAGGCGAUGAUUGUCUGUUCGCUUUUCGCUUUGGCGGCGUUUCAAACGCCUAUAUUCGCGGACGCGUUCGACAGCGGUUUGUUGGGGGUUUUAGGGCUCAAUGAUAGUAAUAAUAAUAACGGUUUAGAACGAGUCUGGUUAGGCAUCGCCGUGUUGAUGCUCACCCGAGCCGCAUCGCUUGGGUACCGCUAUUGGUUGGAUCCGGAAUCGCCUUUAGCCGUCGUCGUCGAUACUCACGGAAUCGGGGGAAUCAACUCCUCGGCUUUUGUCCGCGACGAAAAAGAAGACCAAACGAAAGGAACGAAAAAGAAGUAG